CGCCCAGUGCCAUCCAGUCCGCGAUCCCGGCCGAGCCCUCAGCCAAUCCGCGCUCUGAAUCCAGACCCGCGGCAAGCCCCGCCCAGGCCCCGCCCCCUCGUCCGAAUCCCGCCCCACCAGGCCCUCGACCCACGCGGACUCGAGCCCCGGGAGGCGCGGUUGUCGCGGGAGGGAGAUAAAAGAAACGCAGUGCCGUCAGCCUUUGGAGUGCGAGCCCCGCCGAGCACAGCAGUCAUUCCUGCGUCCUGCCGGCUCCGCUGCUGCGCGAGGGAGAGUCGGGGCGGCUUGCUCACCCACAGCAGGCUGCAGGUCCGCCAUUGGAAAGCUUCAGCUCACGUUGUGCUGAGAGCUGAUUCCUGCACGCUUCAACCAGUGAGCCCUACUCCUUCCCUCUGGAGAAGUGUCUUGUGCCUGUCCUCCCGUACGCAAAGCGCUUGGCUAGGGACUCUGGUGGUGACCUACGUAAAGGCCAUCAACAGUGGAACAGUUCCUUGUCUGGAAAAUGCAGUGAUCACUCUGGUCCAGCGUGAGAACUCAGCAGCCUUACAGAAGGCAGCCGACCACUACAGUGAGCGGAUGACCCAGCAAGUGAGGUUGCCCACAGACACGCUCCAGGAGCUGCUAGAUGUGCAUGUAGCCUGUGAGGGGGAAGCCAUUGCAAUCUUCGUGAAGCACUCCUUCAAGGAUGACAAGCAGGAGUUCCAGAAGAAGCUCCUGGGUACCAUAGAGAAAAAGAAGAAAGAUUUCUUGCUGCAGAAUGAAGAGGCAUGUAAAUAUUGCCAAGCUGAGCUUAGGCAGUUUUCAAAGCCCCUGCUGGAAAAUAUUUCCAGAGGAACUUUCUGUGUGCCUGGAGGACACAGUCUCUACUUGAAAGCAAGGAAGAAGGUUGAACGGGACUAUGAGCUGGUGCCCAGGAAAGGAGUCAAGGCGAAUAAGGUCCUCCAGAGCUUCCUGCAGUCACUGGCAGCAAUAGAGGAAUCCAUCCUGCAGGCAGACAGAGCCCUCACUGAGGCAGAGAAGGUCAUGGCAGCUGAGCGUGCCAAGAAUCAGGCAGCUGGGAAGGAACUAGAGCAGCUAAGACAGGAACUGAGGAAACGGCAGCAAAAAAUGGACGAUCAAAAGAGAAUCUUCAAAGAAUGUAUAGCCCGACAGAAAGAGAAGGAGAAGGAAAGAGAAAAGCAUCAGAGACAGUGGGAAGGGACGCAGAACAAGUGGAAGGACCAAAGUGAAGGAUUUAAAAAGAAAUCUCAGUUCAAUAGCAACGGAAAUCGACGAAAAAAAGAGAAUGGAAAUGGUACAAACUAUUGCCCUUUAGUGCUUUUAGUGAUCCUUCCUAUAACUGUGAUGUGUAUGGUAUGCCUGAGACUUCUUGCAUUAUGACUGUAAUGAUGAAAUUUCUCCCCUAAAUAUGCUGAAAAUCCCUGUGAAGUACAGUAUAAAAGGCUUCUUAUGAUUCCACAAGCUGGA